GUCAGUUGUGAUGAUUCCUGUCAGUUGUGAUGAUUCCUGUCAGCUGUGAUCUUAUCCGAUUCUUGCCGAUUACCAGAUGGAUAAAAUUGGAGCCAGGCUGGAAGAUACUGUACCGUAUAUUGCUGUAUUAUUUGAAUACUUCGUACCGAUGGUAAUAUACCUUGUAUACCUAUUUUACCCCUGAGUGGAAACCCCUGUAUUUUCCCCCGACCGGGACGGAUACGUUGGAAGCAUCCACCAGUCGGUUGCAAGUCCACAUUCUCGGUAUUCUUGGAAAAGAACCGAGGAGGGGUUGGAGCAUCAUGUUGCAGCCCCUAGCAUUCGACUACACGGCAUGGCGCUUGGAGUCUGCUUUUUCAAAGGUUGCAUUGCUGGGGACAAGCAGUGCGACAACUCACCUGCUAUAGUCAACCUCCCUGGCUUCCCUGAAACUUAUUGGAUAAACCUGAGGCUGUUGCAUUCUUUCAUUCCGUUAGGCUUCCACGAUCCGUAUAUCAUUGCACAGCUAUACAGGCUAUCAUACGUUAAAAAUGAGCUCCUCCCCUGAGAUGCGCGAUUUGCCGCUCGUGCGGCUUCCAGAGCCGUACAAAACAAAAUAUGAACUGUACCAGGCUUCCUCAGGACCUAAUGGCAGGAUUUUCCAACUUCGACUGUCAAGCGAUCAGAAUAAUGGCGCCAUUCCCCCCCCGGAGCCGUUGCAUCACGACAUGCUCUACUUCAGCGAGUUGAUCCCCGGUCCUGAGGCUACCUUACCAGCCGAAUCAGAUAACACCGCUUGGGCGCGGGCUUGCCGCAAUAUGGUAUCAUUUGUGACUUGGGAUGGAGAGUCGGCACCAACGGUUGGCCAGCUAUGGACGAUGGUCUACGCGAUCUUCUCUAUGAGGCCAUCAGAAGAAUCCUUCCGACUUUCUCUGUCGGGCGCGCAGAAGGACCUGUUAUACGCCGAAUGCAAUGCAACGGGACUUUCUACGCAUUUCCCCAGCCCGGCUCAACCGCAGCCGUUGGGCAAAAUUGAGGAUAUUUUGGUUUCUAGAGCGGCCUUCUGGCAAGGCGCAGGUUCUCCACUGGGGACUCGGGCUGCAUGGCUUGUCCCAUCGAUUGAAGGAAGUGCCAGAAAGCAGCCAUCGGAAUAUCCAGCCUUCCCUCUUCAGUACACUCUGACAUCACAACUCACAAACCGGCCAGUCCAUGCGCAACAUCCAGUCCGGCCGGCAAAGCCUGCCCGUGGCGCACCGAUAUACAGCAGGUAUAUUCCGCACCUAGAUGAAUUUUUCGCCAUGGAUCAUCUCGACUACAGAAAUGAGACACAUCUCCAGCUGUUUCAUACUUGGCAGAAUGAUCCGCGAGUCGCCGUCAACUGGAAAGAGACUGGUACGCUGGACGAGCAUCGCGAAUAUUUGCGAAAGAUCGAUGAAGAUCCGCACCAGAUGGCGGUAUUGGCGCGAUUUAACGAUACUUAUUUCGCCUAUUUCGAGAUCUAUUGGGCUAAGGAGGACCACAUGGGCACAUAUUACCCUGCCCUAGAUUGGGAUCGUGGCCGACACUCGCUGGUUGGUGAUGCGCGAUUCCGCGGCCCGCAUCGGGCAACGGCAUGGUGGACCAGUCUGAUUCAUUACAUAUUUCUUGAUGAACCUCGCACGACAUGUGUAGUCGGGGAACCGAACGCAGCCAAUGGGCCCGUGUUAGGAUAUGAUGCCGCGCAUGGCUUCCACGUUCACAAAUGGGGAGACCUGCCUCACAAGAGGUCUGCCAUGGUGAGGUGCGAGCGGGUGCGGUUUUUCGAGGUGGUGAAUUUCGGAAGUGUGACUAGCAAUGGGACGGCGAAGCAGAGCAAAAGUAAAUUGUAAGAUUCGUAAGGCUGUUAGGCUGGGAUUGAAUUAUGGUUAAAUAGAUUUAUGUGAUUUAUUGUUCUCUGCUCUGUCUCCAUCCCGAGAUCUCUUUAAAAAAGUUGCCGUUUAUGUAAUCAGUAUUAACUUAAGUUAUCAGCCUCACCCAGCCUCAAACUUUGGAGCGUCUGGCUUCGGAUUGUCUCGUUUUGAAGACAGAGACCUGUUUGAAAUCCUGAGAUAAGUUCUACUUUGGACGAUACUGGAUACUUUCGGUCUAUAAAGUGUGUAUGCAUGUACAGUACAUUAUAUAUGCGUUAACCUGCACGCCAGUCCCCAACCAAUUUCUUUCCCAGAUCCCUUAGUAUUUGCUUUUGAAUCUUCCCGCUUCCAGUCUGUGGCAUAUCCGCCGGGAGCCUUGGAUCCAAGCCAAACACAAACACAUGCUUGGGAGCCUUAUGUCUUCCGAGCGUCUGCCGCGUCCAAUUCCUUAUUUCUUCCUCAGGUGGGCAAGUAUGCCCAGUUUUAAGCACCAAGAACGCGCUGACAACUUCCCCGUAAUGCUUAUUGGGUAGCCCAACCACUGCAGCUCGCGAGAUAGCUGGAUGUGCUGUGAGGCGUUCCUCAAUUUCGAGAGGAUAGAUGUUUUCUCCUCCCCUAAUAAUGAUGUCCUUGUAGCGCCCGGUGAUGCUGCAAUACCCAUCUGAAUUGAACACCGCCUCGUCACCAGUCCGCAACCAAAUCGUGCCAUCCUCAUCUUCUAGCAAUGUCUCGGCAGAUUUUUCUGGAUUGUCCCAGUAUCCUUUAUGAACUUGAUAGCCAGACAUACAGAGUUCUCCUCGCUCCC